CAUUGACGUCUAAACAAGCAUCCGCCAUUUUGUGGAAAACGCUAAGAAGAGCUGAUUGCUUGACAUUCAUUACAAAUAGGCAACUGAGAAAUGACAACUGUGUAUCAGCGGUCGAGUGGACUUGUUCAGCGACGAGCUGUAAGUUCAAGUCAGGGCGCUGAAGGCGGGGCAGAUGAUCGCGAUGAAAAGCUGGGUAAUGAAGACGAGGAAGCAGAGGACCAUGACUCUAAGGAGACCCGCCUCACCCUAAUGGAAGAGGUCCUGCUUCUUGGGCUAAAAGACAGGGAGGGAUACACCUCAUUUUGGAAUGACUGUAUAUCAUCGGGCUUGAGGGGCUGCAUUCUCAUUGAGCUUACACUACGAGGGCGCAUUGAGCUAGAGAAAGGGGGUAUGAGACGACGUAGCCUUAACAACCGCAAAGUACUGUGCAAGUCAGAUCAGCCGACAGGUGAUGUCUUGCUGGAUGAAGCUCUAAAGCACAUGAAGGAAACUCAGCCUCCUGAGAAUGUACAGAGCUGGGUGGAGUAUCUGAGUGGAGAAACAUGGAAUCCUUUGAAACUGCGCUACCAGCUUCGGAAUGUACGAGAGCGACUGGCAAAAAACCUUGUGGAAAAGGGGGUGUGCACAACAGAAAAGCAGAAUUUUCUUCUCUUUGACAUGACAACCCAUCCUCUGACGGACAACGGUGUCAAGCAGAAGCUUAUAAAGAAGGUUCAAGAUGCCGUCCUUAGCCGUUGGACCAACGACCCUCAUCGCAUGGAUCGCCGGACACUGGCCCUCAUUUACCUGGCCCACACCUCUGACGUGUUGGAGAAUGCUUUUGCACCGCUGUCCGAUGAUGAUUAUGAGGUGGCCAUGAAACGUGUUCGAGAGCUACUUGACCUGGACUUUGAUGUGGAAAGCAUGAAGGAGGGAGCAAAUGAACUGAUGUGGGCUGUUUUUGCUGCUAUGACCAAGUAAAACUUCCUGCUUUCUAGCAAGGCACUAUGUUCCAGAAGUUUUCUCCCACAAACACUUGUAUAUGUGUGCACAUACAUGCACUGAAGGUACAAAAGGGUGUAUAUGUGCAUGUUUAUGUGGAUGGGUGGAUGUGAUUUAGUUUGCAGGCAGUGUGUGUAUGUGAUGCACAUAGGUGGUGUUGCUAUCUCAAACAUUUUGAAAGUUUCCAUAGGUGAGCAUGUAGAACUAUUGUUAUGCAUGGAGGGAUGAGUGAAAAAGGUGGUCCAUAGUAGUACUUUUUCUGUGAUCAGGUUUGAUCAGAAGAAAUCUUGUUGGCAGGAGCAACUGCCACUCUUGGUCAAUGGGUGGGGUAAAUUACUCAGCAAUAUCUGCAGAUUAAAGGAUUGGGUGAGGGAAGAAAUUGAGCCUCCCAAAGGACUUCACUUACAAAGAUUCUGUGAGCAGUGGUUAUCAGUUUCUUUUCUCCUCUUCCCCGAGGAUGUUUUUGUUCUAUUGAUUUGUAAAUAAUAUAUAUACAAAUAUUUUGUUUCAAAUUUGUUGUGUUGUACAGAUGGAAUUUAUCUAAGCUUGUAAUGGUUUCUUUAUGGUGGUAUUUUUAUCUACUGUUUCUGUGGGCUUUAAGUGCAGAUGGCCUGUGAUGAGUUACAAGGCUCAUAUAUCAUUCAAACUGGGGAAUAUCUCAAAAAGGGGUCGACAACAACCUUCAAAAAAAAAUCCAAUAAACUAUGCGUUCAAAAUGUAUGGCUUCAAGGUUUUGUUUUUAACUGCAAACUAUUGCAUUCUGUUUCAAAUAAAUUAUUUUCACCUUGUUGAA